AUGUUUUCUCCACGACCGCGUCACGAACGAUAUGACCUGUAUACUACUGCCAUGAUUCAGUUUUCUACUCUCUUGAACCCUCUUGCCAGGCACAGUGCAACCGCACCGUUGCUCGGCCUAUUCUUGGUCUGUAACGCCGUUGCCGUCGCUGGCACUCCAAUUCAGUCUGGAGAGUCAAUAUCGAAAAGAGCUGACCAGCAAAUCAGCCAGGGGAUGACUCCCAAGAUAUGGGUUCCCGUCGUCGUUGCUGCCAUCAUUAUUUUCGUUCUUACGCUAUUGGUAUGGAGCAAAACAUCCUGGCGAAGGUCCUUGCGAUUGUUCUCGUUCUCCGGUGCAGCCGCCGUCGGAGGUCCUGUAGGCGGUGCAGCCAACACGGGUCCCAGAGAGCUUACUGCCGAGCAACUAGCAGGAACGAUUAACGGCGACAUACCAGCUGCUGGUGGUGCUGCUGCUGCUGCAAGGACCACUCGCAGGCCCCGCAGACCUCGGAGAACGCCUUCACAAAUGUCGGUUACCUCACUUCCCGCGUACAAUAAAGAGCCUGGCGAAGAGGAGCUGGUCAUAUUCAGAGGCCGGGAUGCAGAGGAUGCGACGAUGCCAACGGCAGUUGCAAUGACCUCCCUGGAUGAAGAACGGGAUGAAUCUGCCUUCUCGCACGAUAAUGCAGAACGAUAUUCGCCCAUGCCUGCUUCACCGCAUGAUAUGCCAUUACUUCAAGAUGAUACAUUACAUGGCGAUCUCUCCCUCCAGAGUCUCCCAAAUGUUACUCCAGGGGAAGAUGGCGCCAGACCUAGCGCUGACGCAGGUUCUCAAAGUUCACAUGAGACUAGUUCCCUUAUGCGCACGACCAGUAACCUUCCAGACGGACUUCCUGAUCCCAGAGGCAACGCUCCAGCUUAUUAUGAAGUUGUGGAUCCAAAUGAGAUCCAAAAUAACAUCACGGAUACAAGAGUCGCAAGGCAACCCUCUACUGCAUCACGGGCAUCACGACGCGCAGCGUCGCCUCCAGACGUGAACCAUACACCUGGUAGGCGGUCUGGCUUCCGUACACUGCUAAAUCGAAUGUCAAUGUCAAGUCAUCAUCAUGCUCACAACCGUAACGAGUCUGUUAAUUCGACCUUCUCAUCAAAUAUAUCUCAUGGAGCAGACCCGUCAAAUGGAAACGCUGGCACGUCGACUUCAAACCAUCGUACAACGCCUUCAGGAUCGGGUUCCCUCCUCAGCGUCAACAUGUUCCGCACAAUAUCGCGCCAGAGGUCCAACCAUACCCUCAACUCUAACCGGCUCAACUCGCCCUCUCUAAUUUCCCUAAACUCCAUAUCGGCACCCUUAACACAUACUGUAACGCGCUCGGAGUUCACGUAUCCGAAGUCGGGUCCUACCGCGGAGCAAUUGAAGGUUAUAUCGUCUAGGGAGUCAUUUGCGCGUUUCGGAGUCCCUUACGGCGCUGAUGCGAUUGCUUACGCCUCUUCUUCCCGCUUGGACCUAGUCCCUCCCCCGGACUUUGAGUCUUCAGUAGAAGCUCUAGUGUCGCCUCGUUCAGCAGGGCCUUCCAGGCUACGCGCUGCGAGCAACGCACGCCGUAUACCAGAUGCUGCUGCUGCUUCCACGAGUCCUUCAGGUGAUAACGGUGAAUCAGGAAUAUCCACAAACAGCACCGCCAAUAAUGAUCCGACAUCCCCGUCAAUACCUUCUGCAUCAGCGCCUCCUCCUCCCUCCUCUGAUCCUGUCGCUGCCUCAGUCCCUUCCGCCCCACAAAAUGCCCCAUCGUCCUCCAUCUCUAAAAAUCACAACUCACUCUCGGGGCAAGCACGGGCCAUCCCCGACGCCGAAGCAGCUGUGCAUGAUGUAAACACGGCCAAAUCGGGUACUGCAUCCUCAUCAAAAUCGACAGCAGCGUCAGCGACACAACCCGUCUCGGAAUUUGGCAAACUCUCCGCACCACCGCCCUCGUCGUACCAUGAGCUUACUGCGUCGUCUGUCCGAUCUGAGUCGCGCGCUAGCGUGUUCACGUUUGCAACCGCCCAGGAGUCACUGACCGGGAGGGCACGAGCUGGGAGCGUCACAGAUGCUGAAGAAUACUUCACUGAUGCAGAUGCAGGUGCUGGGGAGAGUGAGUUUGGAAGUGCACCAUCAACUCCGAGAUUGGGCGGACAGCAUACACUUGAGUUAACUGAUGCUACUAUUGUUCCUGAUAGCAAUAAAAGGGAUACAAUCGUCGUUUCUUCCGCCCCUGGUCCUUCUGGAUCUUCCACCGCCCAGUGA